AUUUUGUGCUCAAAUUCUUUUUAAAUUUUCUUAAACCAGCUGGGCCAAGUUCAGCGAGAUGGCUAGGUGCAUUCGUCGUAGCUUGAGUGUGACUGCGCUUGCUGCGCUUGCUGUGAUGUUCUGGGCAUGCCACGAGGCGUUCGUGCUUCCCCAAUUGAGAUCAGUCGAUCUUGAUCGUAGUCGAUCCAGCAAACGCGCGUUUCAACAGGGCAAGGUGAAUCUCAACGUGGAAGGGGCCCUGGUGAAGUCCAGAAACAUGCCAGAGCCCAUAUUGGAGGCCAAUGAGGCAACCACUGUGGCAAUCCAAGACUGCUUGGACGAAGGCUGUUCAGUGGAGGCCCUGAUGGAGUUAGAUCAGAAGUUGGCACGUGACGAAGCUAAGAUCAAGGAUGCGCUGGACAAGCUGCAUGACAUCCAGAGCCAAGAGUACUCGGAGGAUUCCGCUGAGCAGAUCGCAUGGCUGGGAAACUUUUUAGAUCGCUGUGGCAGUCUCAGGGCACAGCUCAUGGCAGUGAAGACGCUCGAGGAGCCGGACUUUGCGUCGCAGCUGAUGAGAGCGGCUGCUGUGGCCUUUGGUGGAGGCCGCCAUGGCGACUAUCCCAAGGUCGGCGUGUCUCCAUACAGUUCCUAGUCAGAUUCUUUGAAGACACUUCAUCAAUACUUCCAAAAUUGCUG